AUGGAUGCUAUUUCCUGCUUCCUUCCUCCCUACUCGGGCACCACUCCGACCCCUCUCGGCGGAGGCAGCCGCAAACUGCCGUUGGGCGCCCAGCGGGACCGGGCAGCGGACGAGGGAGGCACUGUGGUGCCCCGCUGUAGCGCUGGUCCCCUUGCACGUGUCAGGAAUGCAAAGGUAGUGGAUGCAGAAAGAGGCCAUGAUACUGGUCAGCUAUCAGAGACAGACUUGGUGAAGGAAAGAAGGUUUUUUGGAGAGAACCGCUUUCUCCCUACAUAUUACACCAAUUUAUUGUUACGUAAACUAUCCAAAACUGACCAUAGAUGUCAUUGCUUGCUUCUGUCUUGUUUUACAGUGAAUAACCCUAUACCUUCCAACUUGAAGUCAGAAGCUAAAAAAGCAGCUAAAAUAUUAAGAGAAUUUACGGAAAUAACUUCUAGAAAUGGACCUGAUAAAAUCAUACCUCCCCAUGUAAUAGCUAAAGCCAAAGGCCUUGCAGUUUUGUCUGUUAUCAAAGCUGGAUUCUUGGUGACUGCUCGAGGAGGCAGUGGGAUUGUAUUAGCCCGUCUUCCAAAUGGAACCUGGUCUGCUCCCUCUGCAAUAGGAAUUGCUGGCCUUGGUGGUGGAUUUGAAAUCGGAAUUGAGGUUUCAGACUUAGUAAUAAUAUUGAAUCAUGAGAGAGCAGUAGAAGCUUUUGCCAAAGGAGGCAAUCUUACACUUGGAGGAAAUCUUACUGUGGCAAUUGGCCCUCUGGGGAGAAACUUAGAAGGGGAUGUUGCCCUGAGAAGCUCUGCUGCUGUCUAUACCUACUGCAAAUCUCGAGGACUGUUUGCAGGUGUAUCUCUGGAAGGAACUUGUUUAAUUGAAAGGAAAGAAACUAAUCGCAAGUUUUAUGGGCAGGAUAUUCGUGCUAGUUCAAUCUUAUUUGGUGAUGUGCCUUUUCCUGCUCAAGCAGAAGAUCUUUAUGAAACUCUAGCAUCUUUCACUGAAGUAUAUGAAAAUGAGGAACAAAAAAAAAAUCCAGGAAAGGCUGUAAAUGACCCACCUCCUAGACCAUCAUCAAGACCAGAGCCACGUAAGCCCUCUGUUAGGCCACCACCACCAGCUAAAAAGAAUUCAAACAAACUUUAUCCUGAACUUCCAAAUGAUUAUGGCUCUGUGGGUAAUUCUUGGAGCAGUCCAGUAGAAGUGACAGCACUUUAUUCGUUUGAAGGACAACAGCCAGGUGACUUAUCUUUCAAAGCUGGAGACAAAAUCACAGUCACAACCAAAACGAAUUCACAGUUUGAUUGGUGGGAAGGAACAAUAGGAGGACAAACUGGCAUCUUUCCAGCCAAUUAUGUUGCCAUAAGUAAACUAAAUGACUAAAUUUAUGUAAAGAAAGUGUUGAACCAAUAGUAUACUUACACAUAAACUUUCCAGAUUUAUCGAAAUGAGAUUCCUGAUCAAGACUAUUCCAACAUAAAACUGAAGUACAUUAAAUGACCUUACCUUUACCCGAAACUUAUUUCUUAAAUAGACAGUAGAUGAUGAUAAAUUUAUGAUGAAGUUCUAUUUUUGAAUAGGUUGCCCUAAAAAAAUUACUCCAAUUUGUGUCUAGUUUCAAUUCUCUCUUGCUCUAUGGAUUUGGGGAAAAAAUUACAAACAGUUUAAAACUAGACAUGCGGGGGAAGUACUGGUUUCUAUUAGAUUAUAAUGUAUGGUCUCUUUCUGUAAUA